GGCAGCGCCGGGGCCGCGGGCAGCGCCAGGCCCCCCGCCGCCGCCAUGAGCGGCCCGCAGCCGGGCUUUCUUGCAACCUACAAUAGCCUUACAGACAAACACCUGGUUGGAUAUUUCAGCAAUACCAGGAUAAGACGACAUCUUCAGAGAUCAGGACUGAUCUCAAGGAGUGGAAGAAUAAUAUCUGAGAAAGAAUACCGGCUAAAUGCUAUGAGGAGGGAUCACCAGAGAUAUGUCCAGGAGUGCCUGGCUCAUGCCAUAUUUCAUAAGGUCCUUGACAUGGAGCGUCAUCAUCAGCUGGAAAUAAAAAGGAAACUUGAAAAUUCUGUGAGGAAGGAGAGGGUGCAGAAAAUCAAGGUGGAACAAUCCAGAAGAUCAGUGGAAGGUGCUAGCCCUAUGCGCCCCCCCCAUCCACCACUUGGUCCAAGAAAUCGUUAUGGGCUCCAUCCUUUAGUGGCUGGGGAACCAGCUAGUCACUCACAACUGAGGGCACCUGGACCUGUAGUCGAUUAUAAUGGUGGACAUCCUUCUCAUCAACACCGAUCCAAGGAGCCUGCCUUUUCUAAGAUGACUUCCUGGCGACCAAAUACAGCUCCAGGAAAUAUGCAACACCCGCUUCGCCUCCAACCACUUCGCAGCUGUGCUGCAGUGGGGUCUGUACCAAAGGCUUCCAGCUCUAAACAAAAGUGCCACACACUUGAACAUGAUCAGCAGUUUGCCAGUGGGGGGGAGAAGAGUGGGUUAAGACUUAUGAAUUCAAUGGAAUAUGUGACUGGUACAUCCCCAUAUCAGCUCCCCGUCAUUAACAAUUAUGUGAUACCAGUGCCACCUCCCCCCCUUCUAAAAGGAGACAAGAGCAUAACUGCGGGGAGAAAUGGGGUGCACAGAGGCAGGCGGUAUCAUCCCACCACUGCACCAAAUGACGUAGAGCAACUUUUAACAAAGAAUUCUGGAGGAUUCCCUAAGCCCUCGUUACGCAGCAAUGCGUUUGUUACCAUGGUCUUUCUAGGAAAAAGUGUGCGUUUAUCUCACGAUGAUGCUGAUUACAGAGACGAAAUCAAAGUCUAUCAGCAGCAUUGUGGAGGAGAAAACCUUUGUGUCUACAAAGGCAAGCUACUGGAAGGAGAGACCUUUCAGUUUGUCUCAAAGAGGCACCGUGGUUUCCCAUUCAGCCUCACCUUUUUUCUGAAUGGGAUGCAAGUGGACAGGUUGAGCUGUUGCUGUGAGUACAAACAUCAGAAGCGUUCCAGGCUGGGAGGCAGACAUGGAUACUUCAGGUUUCUCAAUGUGGAGGGAGCAUCUCCUUGCUACAGGUGCAUUAUUGCAAUGGGUCUGGACAAAAAGCCAUCCCCUCCCAAGAGAAAGAUAGAGGAGGACCAUGAGGAAAAGCAUGUGGGUUCCUGGGGAGAUGGAGUGCGCAGUGAGCCAAGUAAAAGCAGUGUUGAGCAGAAACCAAGAAAAGAUUCAGUGUUAGUCAUCUUACCAGGUCACGAAGCAAGUGUGGAAGCUGUUGAGGACAAAGUGGAGACCGGACAGGAAUACAGAAGAGAAGAAAGGAAAAAACUAUCUGAUCGUGAGAGUGAAGAUAGUCAGGAAGACACCGGUAAAAAUGAGUAUGAUGAAGAUUUUGAAGCAGAUGAAGAAGUUCAUGAAGAGGGACUGACUGGUGAUCAAAUGAAUGGAAUGUCAAAGUCAUCCUCAGAUGAUAAAAAACAUAAUUUAGGCUAUGAAAAGGAGAGUAAAACCUCAUCAGCGAAGGCACUGCAGGCCUCUGACGGUGAGAAAGAUGAAAGUGAUGGAUAUUCCGACAGUGACUCCGAGGAUGAUAAACAAGAUAGGAGGCCUGCACACUCUCUCUCAUCCGUCAGUACUCAGUAUAGCAGUGAAGAUGACUCUCAUGCUGAAAUGAUGAAAGAUGAUGUCAAGGGCAAAGAGGAGUAUAAUAUCCAAAGGGCAUCUGAUAACACAGCACAUGCACAAUAUGGAAAUGAGAAUGGGGAGAAUAAACUGCUCAGAAUGGAGGAAGAUCAGGAAGCUUUUGCACUGGAAAAGGAAGGAAUAGAUGAAGCAGAAAAGGCAAAACCAGAAGAUCUAACAGCAAGGGAAGAUACUGGAAUUUUUCAUGAAAAUACAAUGGCAACACAGUAUCAAAGUCCUGCAGUUAAUGGGGACCUCAAACAGGCUGGGUCAGUAAAAGGUAACAUAGGGGAAGACGGGGAGAAGAAUGCAAGUACCAGGAGGGAUGAUGGGGAGGAAAGUCUUCUAGUGCCUUUGGAAAGCAGUAUGACGGAAGCGGAGGAUAGCAAUGAAGAGUCUCCUCAGGGUGAUGAAGGAGGUGUUUCUGAAGAUUGCAAACCAGUCCAGGAGGAAAUAGCAAAGGCAAUUGGAAAUGAUCAUCAUGUGAAUUCUGAACCUGAACCUAGUGAUUCCUGUGCAGAUGAGGAAGAAGAGAACAUAACAAGUACAGAGCAUGAUGCCAAUGAAGCACCAGAUGGAGCUUUCUUGGCAGAAGGAACAAGAACACUUGACGUGCAGAAGGCAGCAGAACAAGUGGUACAAGAAGGGCAGAUGGUAGGGGAGAGGCAAGCACUCGAGAAGGAAGAUUUUGUUGCUGAGGGAGGAGAUGCUCGCGCCGAAGAGGCAGAAGAAAUGGCACGGGCGGGAGAUCUGCUGCCCAAGGAAGACGCAGUGGCCGUGCCGCAGGCGGAGGAUCAGCUUGCGGUGGAGGAAUCUGCAGCCGAGGGGAGCGCCAUGGCAGAGGAUCCCAAAGGAAAGGGGACAGGGAAGGGAACGGAGCCUGGCGCAGAGGUGGCACCCGGGGAGCGGGAAGUUCGGAUGGAGGAGACAGGGAGCAAGGCAGCACUGGGGGAGCAGGCGCCUGGGGGAGCGGAGCUGGCAGGGGCACCGCUAGGCAGGGAGGCAGCGUCCGAGGCGGAGGAGGUGGCUGGGGAGGUCUCUGAGGGAGAAGAGGCAGCGGAGGAGGCCUCCGGGGCAAAGGAGGCUGCGGGAGCGACAGGGCCUCAGGUGAAGGAGGUGGUGGGCGAGACGGUGUCUGAGGCAGAGGAGGCCGUGGAGGAUGCCAGCUUGGCAGAAGAAGGGAUUGCUGGGGUAGUUGGCCCUGAAGAAGAGUCUGCAGAGGAAGCUGUUGCUGAAGGGGAGGAGGCUGCGGAGAAGCCUGGGGCUCUCCUGGAAGCAUUAGGGGACGUGAACGUUUGCACAGGAGAAGCAGUGCCUGGAGGAGAGGACUUUGUAAAGCCAAAUGACUUUUCCCAGCUGAAAGCAUCAGGGGAAGAGUGGAUGGAGAUGGGGAAAGCUGCCAUAGGAGCAGGAACAUCUGAGACUGGCAAGGCAUCAGAGGUAGAAGGCAGCUCUCUCCUGAGAGCGGAGGACUCUGUGGAGCCUGGCAAGGGUCCCGUGUUGCAAGUAGCACUGGGAUUAGAGGCACUGGUGGGUGCUGGAGGGGAUCCCAUAACUGAAGGGUCAUCCCAGUUGGAGGAGGCCACAACAGCGGAGGAGGAGGAGGAGGGCUCAGCAGAAGCACUUUCGAGUCGAAACCCAUCUCUAGGCAGCAAAGCAAAGACAGAGAGUGCAAUGGAAGAAACACCUGGUGGAGGGCUGAUGGGAAUAUCUGCAGGGAUAGCCAGAGCAGGGUCAGGAGGUACAGAGGAGGUCGCGGGUGGAGCAGCCAGUCCAAGCGAGCUGGCAGCCGGGCCGCAGGGAUCGCUGGAGCGUGCUGAAGAGAGAGGGAAGGAGAGGUCUCCUGGUGAGGGGGUGAUGGAUGAAGCAGCGCUGCCUGCCCCGGGGCUGUGUGUGAGCGGGGUGGGGGGGUCAGGGGGGGUGGCCGGUGCUGCGGCGGGCGGCCAGGCAGGGCGAGGGGCUCUGCCUGAGGGGGGGAGCACAGCGGAGCCAGCGCUGGUGGGGCAGGAGGUGGCUGGCGAUGGCGGGCUGGGCGAUGGGGCGGUGGCACGGGAGGGGGUGGCAGGAGCGCUGUUGGGGGGACAGAGCGGGACAGGGGUGGCAGGGGCAGAGGGGGUGUCAGCCGAGGGAAGGGGGGCAGCUGGGGCGUCUGGGAGGGACAGGGAAGGGGUGGCCGAUGGAGCCGUGGUCUGCAGGCGAGGGGUGAACCAGGACGCGGUGCUGGGGGGCGAGGGAAGGGGGCCAGCGCUGGCGGGGGCCGAGGGCCAGGGCGAGGCGGGGUGGGAGUGGGGCACAGCGGGUCUCGUGUCCCCAUGGCACGCAGAACCGCAUGGAGCCAUGUCCCUUGGGGAGCAGCCGACUGCAGAAACCUCCCUGAGCGCCCCGGCGCGUGGGGAUGGGGGAGCGGAGUCGGGGGGGAGAGGGUCGGCAGGCGGCGAGGGUCUGUGCCUGGGCACCCAGCCACAGCUGGCAGCUCCCGGGACGGGGGCAGUGGGGGGCAAGGGUGGGCUGCAGGGGGGCACAGAGCAGGCAGGAGCGAAAGCCGAGGGGGAACAGGCAGGCCUCUGUGAAGACACGAGGGAGAGAGAGGCAGUGUGUGUCUUGGAGAGUGCAUGGAGCGCUGCUGGGGUCAGGGAGCAGAGGAAGGACAGUCCUGUUGGAGGGAGCCCAGACACCCCGGGAGCCACUGACACCGGCGAGAGGAGCCGCGGACCCCGUGGGGAUGUUGUAAACCCAGAUGCGGUUGUCGUGCCCUCGGUACAGCCCCAGGAUGGGGAAGAAAAUCUCCUCUAAGCUUUUUCUACAGCUCCUUCAGUGCUGUGUCCUGCAACAUUUACACAAAUUGCUGUUGAUUUGUGCCGGUUGGGGUGUUCACUCCUUUAUUGUACUCCUCGAGUACCACAACCAUCUGUCAUGUUUUACUAAAACAGCUUCUCAGUGUGCAGCAGACAACUGAAAUAAGCCUGUAUAUGCCAGCCCAGGAAACAGCACUCCUUCGUAAUUAUGAAGACAGUAAUUGCAAGGAUUGUUCCACAGCUGUCAUGCUUGUUUUUCCCAAAACACAGAGAAAUAUUGGACUGGCUGAACCUCCCCUCCUCCCCCAGGCACCGCUUGCUUCUGCCAGCUGGUGGGAGGGAGGGCUGAGGGUGAUGUGCUGUACGUGUUUCCGUAGGACAAGUUGUUUGUCUGUACAGAGUGCCGGUGUUUGAUUGUAUCUGUGUCUAUGUACUGACUGCGUUUUUCCGUGUGUCAUUUGCCUUUCUGAACUACAAACUCUUCACUGUGAGUCGGGCUGUGUCUUCAUUGCUGUGGAUAGAGCACUUGCGCACAUUAAUGCUUUGGUAAGAGCAUCUGGGGGUGUUCAGCAGAGAUGUGGAACGGCAGGAUCAUGGGGGGAAUGGUGGCUUCACAUAGGGGGUUUUAGCUUGGGGGGGGCUGCCUCCACCCCACGUUACAGGCAAGCGAGCCCUCCAGCGUGCACAGGUGCCCCAUGCUGCCGGGUGGGUGGCAUGCAGUGGGGGCUUCUCUUUCCUCGGGGAUCCAGGCUUGUUGCUGGCCACACUUCAGGGUGUUCUUGGGGCUUUGAAACGUUGUUGAAAAUUGUUAAAUCAGACCAAUUCUAAUGUGUAUUUGUAAAUGAAUAAAGCCUGGCCUUUUGCUUUU